UUCCCCGGGGGAGAGCCCUGUCCUGUCAUUUUAUCAACAGACGUGCUGUUACAGGCUCUCUUCCCAGAAGCUGACCGAAGAAGCUCAAGCGUUGCUGUUUCUUCCCUCCCAAGUCGAGUGGUUUCCCUGGUAAUGGAUUGCUUCUCUGGGAGUUUCCACCGUGGUAAGACUCCCCAGGUCUAGUCUGUGAACUCAGCCAGGAGACGCUGCUGUAAAAAUGACUGAAGAGCCCAUAAAGGAGAUCCUGGGAGCCCCAAAGUCUCCCAAGCCAGUGACAAUGGAGAAGAGCCCCAACAGCGAAGUCAUAGUCACCUUGGUUCCCCUGGUCAGUGAGAUUCAGCUGACGGCAGCUACGGGGGGUGCCGAGCUCUCCUGUUACCGCUGCAUCAUCCCCUUCGCCGUGGUGGUCCUCAUCGCCGGGAUCGUGGUCACUGCUGUGGCUUACAGCUUCAAUUCCCACGGCUCCAUCAUCUCCAUCUUAGGUCUGGUCCUUCUUUCAUCGGGACUUUUUUUGUUAGCCUCCAGUGCCUUGUGCUGGAAGGUGAGACAGAGGAGCAAGAAAGCCAAGAGACGGGAGAGUCAGACGGCUCUCGUGGCAAAUCAGAGAAGCUUAUUUGCUUAGGACUGAAUGAGACCAAAUGGGAUAUGUGGUCUGAAAUAGCUGCUCUCACUCUGUCAGCCAAUGCACCCCGAA